AUGGCAUCUUCACAUUCAAGCAGAAUCUCUUCCUUGAUCAAGGAAUUAUCCGCCGUUGAACAACAAUCCAACGGCUCGAUCUACGAGAAUGAGGAACUUCGCACGGAUGCCGCGCAUCUAGUUCGGAAACUGGCUGUGGCUCUGGAAAGACCGCAUGAAGCAAUUGGCAAAGCGAUGAAGUCGAGUUAUUCGAGUUGGUUGCUGGGAGAGGGUGUGUUGCAAGAUACGGAUUGUCACCUCAAUCCUGCUCUGGUGGACUGGCAUAUGAUGGUGCUACACUCUGGUAUGAUGAGAACGGUCGGGCGGUGGAGGAUGGUAUUUGAGAAAGCCGGGCCCAAGUUGGUCAAGAACUGGACACCUCCGGGAGAUGGAGACGGCAUUGUAGAAGCUGUUCGUGAGGGGCCGCAUGGAGACGUAGAAUUUGUAGAGAAAAAGGAAUCCGAAACAGAGACUUCUGUGGAAAAAAAAAAAACUUCUUGA